AUGAAUUCCUCGUCCUUCGUCGCGCUCCCUAACGAUCUCAUAUGCCUCAUAUUCUUCCACCUCGGAGUUCCACAGCUCACGACGGUUUUAUGCCUUUCAAAGCGCCUCCAUCGCAUUGCGUAUCUAGUGUUGGUCGAGCAUUUCCAGCGCUGGGACAUCAAUCCACCGCGGAAGCGACCGUUUGAUAAUUCAUGCUGGGUUGUCUUCUUUGAACUUCGCUUUAGUAUUGAUCCGACGCUAUUUUCCGGUGCACCACGAUCGCGUAGUGACAACUACGUCUUCGCAUUCGGUGGCAUGCAGACGUAUUUGUCUAACUAUUUUCUGGACGGCUAUACCAACAUGGAGAUCUCGAAUCAAAUUUAUGACCUCUAUGAUACGCUUCGAGACCGCCGAUCCAAGGACAUGCCGCUCCCUACCAAGUCGCUAUCGUUCAUACUCUUCGAUUCGGCUCCUAUGACGGCGGCCGAACGCAAGAUGGGAUAUCCAAGCUUACCUGCGUCUGCGUUCUUGCUCUCUUCUAUGCGCGCGUCACUGUACAUGGAGAAUAUUCACGACGACAAAACGCGCACUCAGUAUCAUCUGGCCGACUUCGACGUCGGACUGGAUCGGCAGCUCAAGCAGCGGCUCUCCAUUGCGACGCCCGGUCGUCGUGAAAAGGUUCUCUUCGAACGCACGUUCCGUCCCCUCAAUGGCAAGGGACAGCAAGUGGGAAGUGAGAACAUGCGAUUCAAGUUGGAAGGAGAGUAA